AUGGCAUGUGCAGUAUUUUGUCCUUUUUUUUUUUCCCCACCCCCGCCAGGUGCUUGGGUAAGCCGUGGGCUAGGAAUGGUAAAGGAAGCAGAUGGUCAGUUAGUGUGGACAUACAUUGCUCAACACUUGGGCUACUGGAUAGCGGCUCCACUGCCUGGAACAAGAGAAUCCAUUAUUAGUGCGGUUUCCAAGGACAUAACAGCCUAUCACACAGUGUUCCUUACAGCCAUACUUGGAGGUACUGUUGUCAUUAUCAUUGGAUUUUUUGCUGUUCUUCUUUGUUACUGCAGGGAUAAAUGUGGUCGGACACAAAAGAAGGAAAAGAAUACAACUAAGUUGGAGGUCAUAAAAAAAGACCAGACAACAUCAACAACUCACAUAAAUCACAUCAAUGCUGUCAAAGGGUCUUUAAAGUUGGAAGAUAAGUCACAGUUAUAUAUACCGAAGAUGUCUUCAUACAGCCCUCAAAGAAAGAUGUCCAUAGACACGGAAGAUGGAAAAUCUCGAGACAAUUUUAAAAUCUACACAGAAGAUGCUUCUUAUCGGUCAUCUUGCCAAACUGGUCAGUCAAGAAAUUCAGUCCAUUCAUUGGAGCCCAAUGCUGGAGUUAGGCACUUAGAGCAGCCAAAGCAUAGUAACAGUACUGUCUCCCAGGUUCCUAGGGACGUUCAAGACCAAAACAGAUACCUUUCAGUGAAAGAGGAGAUGUAUGGGCUUUCCCAUAUCCCAGAACACCUAAUGCAUAUUUACAAUCAACCUAUUACUAUUCUACAAACCUCUGACCUUUUCCAUUCCCCAGAACAAUUGCAUCCUGCUAAAUCAGCAACUUUGCCAAGAAAAGGGCAAUUAGUAUAUAGCCCUAUGAUGGAACCCAUGAAUCGUGACAGUUACAUGCAAACGUUACCAAAAAUGCCAGUGCACUCUCAUCCACAGCCUUCUGUUGGCAAAGAUGAAAACAGUACAUUAGACAGUGAAGAGGGCUUACCUUCUCAAAUGUCAAACUGGGGCCGGUAUACUAAUAGCUUACUGGAAUCUGUCUCUGUUCCUGGGACGUUGAAUGAAGCUGUUGUAAUGACUCCGUUUUCAUCUGAACUUCAAGGUAUUUCAGAACAAACAUUACUGGAACUGUCUAAAGGAAAACCAUCUCCGCACCCUCGAGCAUGGUUUGUGUCCCUGGAUGGAAAGCCGAUUGCUCAAGUAAGGCAUUCUUUCAUAGAUCUGAAAAAGGGCAGAAAAACAGAGAGUAAUGAUACCAGUCUGGACUCUGGUGUGGACAUGAAUGAGCAUCAUCCUAGUAGGAAACUGGAGAGAGAGAAAACUUUUGUAAAAAAUAUGCCUCAUUCCAAGAUCCUUUACUUGGAAGAUCUGGAUCUGGGUAGCAGUGAAAGUGGGACCGCUGUUUGCACCCCAGAGGACCAGGCUGUGAGGCACAUUCUGGAUGGAGGGAACGGGCAAGUCAUAGAACAGCACAAUGAAGAAGAUCUAAGAAAAACUGUGUCAGGAAGUCAUGAAUCUGGUAUCCCUUCUGCUAAAAAAAGGGGUCGACCGUCUAUCACAAAAAGAGAUAGCAAAACCAAUAUCUGGAAGAAAAGAGAGGAAAGGCCGCUUAUUCCUAUAAAUUAAAACACAAUGUGCUCUGUGUUGUUGCUCUCCCUGCUGGCUAUUGACCUGCUUGUCUGCAGUGUUGGGUUUACAAGGGAAACGUUGUUUUCCAGUAUCAAGACGAGUUACUUUUUUU